AUGGCGAUCAAGGAUAUUUUCCGUCCCGGUGCUCUGCAACCUGAAUUCGAAAAGUCUGAUGCUGCCGCGCCCAUCGAUGAAACGCCCGUCGAGGUUACCACAAAGACUUGGUGGCAGCGACGCGCCCCCGUCAUUGCUUGUGGUUCCGGACUCUUCUCCGAUGGCUACCUCAAUGGAGUCAUUGGAUCAGUAAACACCAUUCUCAAGAAACUCUACAAGCAUGAAUACACGCACAGCAAUGCUCAGAGCAACAUCACCUCGCUGGUAUUCGUCGGUGAAGUUGUCGGCAUCAUCAUUUUCGGUUACACCUCUGACCGCUUUUCCCGCAAAUGGUCCAUCUUUGCAUCUACCGUGAUUCUGUUCGUCUUCGCUGCUCUGGCCGCUGGCUCAUAUGGUGCCAACGGUAGCAUCAACGGUAUGUUUUCUGCACUUGCUGCGUAUCGUUUCCUUCUUGGUAUUGGUAUCGGUGGUGAAUACCCUGCUGGCUCUGUCGGUUGCUCCGAAAGCACUGGCGAGCUGGAAUCCGGUACUCGUAACAGGUGGUUCAUCUGGUUCACCAACUUGGCAAUCGAUGUGGGUUUCGUCGUGGCUGCAUUUGUUCCCAUGAUUGUGGCCCUUGCUACUGGUGACAACCACCUUCGCGCCGCUUGGCGUAUCAUGCUUGGUAUUGGUGUGAUUCCUCCUCUCUCCUUGUUCUACAUGCGAUGGAAGUUGCAAGAACCCGAAGCCUACAAGAGAAACACCAUGGCCAAGUGCAAAACCCCAUGGAAGCUCAUCAUCAAGAUGUACUGGUUCCGCCUGCUUGUCGUCUCGACCAUCUGGUUCAUCUAUGACUACUCGUCAUACGCCUUCGGAACCUAUUCUGCUCCAAGUGUCGACAAUGUACUCGGUGCUGAUGCACCCAUGUGGAAGACUUUUGGCUGGAACACUGUCAUCAACCUCUUCUACAUCCCUGGCGCCUUUAUUGGAUCAUACGUCUCUGAUUGGAUCGGACCCAGAAAGACUCUUGCCUACGGUGUUACUGCACAGGCUGUGGUCGGAUUCAUUAUGGCUGGCUGCUACGAGAAGCUAGCUAUCCCAAAGAACAUCGGCGGAUUCGUUGUGGUAUAUGGUAUCUUUCUAUCUCUUGGUGAACUUGGCCCUGGCGACAACAUUGGUCUCAUCGCAUCCAAAACCUCUGCCACCGCCGUCCGCGGCCGCUACUACGCCGUUGCUGCAGCCUUUGGCAAGAUUGGUGCUUUUAUCGGCAACUACCUCUUCCCCAUCCUCGUAGCUGAUGCAGGAAGCAACACUAUCAAGGGUAAUCAAUAUCCUUUCUGGGUCGCUUCUUCUCUCUGCAUUCUGAGUGCUUUCCUUGCAUUCUUCUGCUUGCCAGAGAUUGGUCAAGACACUAUAGACCACGAAGACGCUGCUUUCAAGGGUUAUCUCAUUGAUCACGGCUGGGACAUCUCUCGCAUGGGUCUUGCUGGCGCUAGCGCCCCCAUGGAAUCUGACGCCGAAAGUUCGCGAUACAACGCCGGGAAGAUGGAUCAGUAA